GGUUGCCCAUGGGGCGCGGGGGGCCGGGCCGGUGACGCCGGACGCCCAUGGACGCUCCUGAGGAGCCGCUGCCGCCGGUGAUCUACACCAUGGAGAACAAGCCCAUCGUCACCUGUGCUGGAGAUCAGAAUCUGUUCACCUCUAUUUAUCCAACACUUUCCCAGCAGCUUCCAAGAGAACCAGUGGAGUGGAGGAGGUCGUAUGGCCGGGCUCCAAAGAUGAUCCACUUGGAAUCUAAUUUUGUGCAGUUCAAGGAGGAGCUGCUGCCCAAAGAAGGAAACAAAGCUCUGCUCACUUUCCCCUUCCUUCAUAUCUACUGGACAGAGUGCUGUGAUACUGAAGUAUAUAAAGCGACAGUAAAAGAUGACCUCACCAAAUGGCAGAAUGUUCUGAAAGCUCAUAGCUCUGUGGACUGGUUAAUAGUGGUAGUUGAAAAUGAUGCCAAGAAAAAAAACAAAACCAACAUCCUCCCCCGAACAUCUAUUGUGGACAAAAUAAGAAAUGAUUUUUGUAAUAAGCAGAGUGACAGGUGUGUCGUGCUGUCCGACCCCUUGAAGGACUCUUCCCGAACUCAGGAAUCCUGGAAUGCCUUCCUGACCAAACUCAGGACGUUGCUUCUCAUGUCUUUUACCAAAAACUUAGGCAAGUUUGAAGAUGACAUGAGAACUUUGAGGGAGAAGAGGACCGAGCCGGGCUGGAGCUUUUGUGAAUAUUUCAUGGUUCAGGAGGAACUGGCCUUUGUGUUUGAGAUGCUGCAGCAGUUUGAAGACGCCCUGGUGCAGUACGAUGAGCUGGAUGCCCUGUUUUCUCAGUACGUCGUCAACUUCGGUGCCGGCGAUGGUGCGAACUGGCUGACAUUUUUCUGCCAGCCAGUGAAGAGCUGGAAUGGAUUGAUCCUCCGGAAGCCUAUCGAUAUGGAGAAGCGGGAGCUGAUCCAGAAGCAAGAAGCCACCCUGCUAGACUUGCGUAGCUACCUGUUCUCCCGCCAGUGCACCCUGCUCCUCUUCCUGCAGCGGCCCUGGGAGGUGGCCCAGCGUGCCCUGGAGCUGCUGCACAGCUGUGUGCAGGAGCUGAAGCUGCUGGAAGUGUCUGUCCCCCCCGGGGCUCUGGACUGCUGGGUGUUUCUGAGCUGUCUGGAGGUGCUGCAGAGGAUAGAAGGCUGCUGCGACCGGGCGCAGAUAGACUCGAACAUCGCGCACACUGUGGGCUUGUGGAGCUACGCCACAGAGAAGCUUAAGUCCCUUGGCUAUCUGUGUGGACUCGUGUCAGAAAAAGGACCUGACUCAGAAGACCUCAACAGGACAGUUGACCUUUUGGCAGGUUUGGGCGCUGAGCGACCAGAAACAGCCAACACAGCUCAGAGUCCUUAUAAGAAACUCAAAGAAGCGUUGUCGUCAGUGGAAGCUUUUGAAAAACACUACCUAGAUCUGUCCCAUGCCACCAUCGAAAUGUACACAAGUAUUGGGAGGAUCCGGUCAGCUAAGUUCGUUGGAAAGGAUUUGGCAGAGUUUUACAUGAGGAAAAGGUCUCCACAGAAGGCUGAGCCUUACCUUCAAGGAGCACUGAAAAACUACCUGGCUGAGGGCUGGGCACUGCCCAUCACACACACCAGGAAGCAGCUGGCCGAGUGUCAGAAACACCUUGGACAGGUUGAAAACUACCUGCAGACCAGUAGCCUCUUAGCCAGCGAUGCUCACUUAACAGAGGAGGAAAGGAAACACUUCUGCCAAGAGAUCCUCAGCUUUGCCAGCCAGCAGACAGAGAGCCCAGGCCAUAAAAUUGUCCUGCCUAUGCAUUCUUUUGCCCAACUGAAGAGUCUCCAUUUCGACCCAUUGAAUGCCGUGGUCCAUGUGGGCGGCGUCCUUUCUGUGGAGAUAAUGCUGUGGAGCCAGAUGCCCAUCUCCGUCCACGUGGAGCAGAUUACUGUCAGCGUUCACUUCAGCAUUGAGAAGAACAACUACCGAAAGACCGCGGAGUGGCUCACCAAGCAUAAGACGUCCAACGGCAUCGUUCACUUUCCCCAGGAGCCUGUGCCCUUCCCCGCGUCCCAGAACAGUUUGCCGGCGCUGGAGCUGUACGAGAUGUUUGAGAGAAGUCCGUCGGAUAACUCCUUGAACACCACAGGGAUUAUCUGCAAGAACGUGCACAUGCUCCUCAGAAGGCAGGAGAGCAGCUCUUCGCUAGACGUGCCUUCCACAGUGGCUCUCGAGGACGGGGCCCACGUGCUCAAGUGCAGCAGUGUGACGCUGGAGCCGGGGCCCAAUAAGGUCCUAUUCAGGACUCAGGCCAAAGAACCUGGAACCUACACGCUCCGGCAGCUGUGUGCCUCCAUGGGCCCCCUGUGGUUUGUCCUCCCUCAUGUCUACCCCAUCGUGCAAUACGACGUGUACUCGCAGGAGCCGCAGCUUCACGUGGAGCCCCUUGCUGAUAGCCUUUUGGCUGGGAUUCCUCAGAAGGUCAAGUUCACGGUCAUGACCGGCCACUAUACAGUGAAAAGCGGGGACAGUCUUCAACUCAGCAAUGCGGAAGCCAUGCUCAUCCUGUGUCCUGCGGAGAACAGAGCAGUCAUUUACUCUAACACAAGAGAGAAGUUUUCAGACACAUCACUCAGGAUUCAGUCCUCAGGGAAGGUCACGAGCAUCAGCCUGCCAGCUGCACCUGCGUACCACCUGAUUGAGUUUGAACUGGAUGUCCUCUCACUGCCUUCAGCUCCAGCAUCUCGAGGGGACAGUGUCCAGCCUGCACUGAAGGAGCCUCCUGGGAGCUGUCCGGAGAGGCCGGCAGCUAGCCAGGGCAUGGUGACCACAGACCACAAAGUGUCGAUCGACUGCCCAUGGUCCAUCUACUCAACUGUCAUUGCCUUGACCUUCAGUGUGCCGUUCCAGACCACACACACACUGCUGUCAGCUGGGACUCGGAAAUAUGUUCAGAUUUGUGUCCAGAAUCUGUCGGAACUUGACUUCCGGCUCUCAGAUAGUACUCUAACAGACACCGGUGAUAGUGCCGACCUGGACCUAGUGCCGCUGAACACGCAGUCCCAGCAGCUCUUUCACAGCCAACAGUCAGUGUUCUUUGUCUGGGAGCUGAAGUGGACGAGGGAGCCGCCCCCAGCCCUGCACUGCUGCUUCUCCGUUGGAUUCUCCCCAGCUUCUGAAGAGCGGCUGUCAGUCUCCUUACAGCCAUACACUUACGAAUUCCAAGUGGAGAAUUUUUUUACACUGUAUAAUGUGAAAGCUGAAAUAUUCCCUCCUUUGGGAAUGGAGUACUGUAAAACAGGCUCGCUCUGCUCCCUGGAGGUGUCAAUCACUCGCCUCUCGGACCUCCUGGAGGUGGACAAGGAUGAAGCACUGACAGAAUCAGAGGAGUAUUUUACAACGAAACUUAUGUAUGAAGUUGUGGACAACAGCAGCAACUGGGCUGUGUGUGGGAAGAGCUCCGGCCUUCUCUCCAUGCCUGUGGCCGCGCAGGCCACCCACCGCGUCCACAUGGAAGUGAUGCCCCUCUUUGCAGGCCACCUGCCCUUUCCCGAUGUCAGGCUGUUUAAAUACCUCCCGCACCACUCGGCCCACUCCUCACAGCUGGAUGCUGAUAGCUGGAUAGAGAAUGACAGCCUGUCUGUGGACAAGCACGUGGAUGAUGCGGUAGACAGCAGCAGCAUCAAGAGCCGGGGCAGCAUGCACUCAACCUCCAGCACCGAGCACAGAGGCCUGCCCAUGCCUCGGCUCCAGGCCUUCCCACCUGGCCAGGUCUUCAACUCCAGCAUCGGCAUGCAGGUCUUUGUCAUCCCCAGCAAGGAAGACCACGUCCUGGAGGUCAGUGUCACAUGACCACGUUGAGGGUCACAGAACGAAUGUCCAGAUGGAGGUGAACGCACUUUAAAGGACCAGGACUUGACUGUUCUUCAUUGUUCCAUUCUGCUCCAACUGGACUCGACGACUCUGCUUGGCCAUGGGAGGAUCAGAGGAUUUCAGCAGACUGUGCAGGUGGUGCAGGCCAGUUGGGUUGUCCUUGUUGUCAUGUUGUGUAUGAUAGGAAAUGACUUAUGUUCUCUUCCCCCAGCCCUGUGAUGGCCUUCUUCAGGCUCUCCUGGCAUCUGUCUUCGCACACGAACCACUCACUGCUCAUGGAGGCCCUUAGAGUUGGCUCCCCAAGCCCACAGAGGUCACGCUGCUUUUCAGGUGGGCAUCCAGCAGGCCCCGCAGGCCAGUCAGGGAGACGUGUGCCUUCUGGUCACACACCCAUCCGGGUGAAUUCCUGAAUCCUGGCUCCCGGAGCAUCAGUUGUGCUUUCUUAGAAGAACACCCUUUCAGGGUCUGGGGGUGGGAGUCGGGCUGGGUGGGAACUAACCCUCUGUGCCUUGGGACAUCAGAAUGGGGAGGACCUGGAGGGUCUUCUGCAGUCAUUUUAAAGGUACUUUACAAAGGUGAGACCAGGGCAUAAGGAACAACUCGGUAUUCAACUGGUUUAGGAAUAAAUGUUUCUGGAACCAUGUUUUCUCCCUUGAAUGUUAAUUGACUACCAUAUGCACUGGGGACUAAAUAUAUAUUUAUUUAAUGAUCAUUAUGUAUGUGGGGUUAAUAUGUUGUGUUGCUUUUCUCUCACCUCUCAAUGUAGUCUUUACCUGUCAUUGACUGUAAUCAUUUCUUUUGCACCUUGAGUCUUAGAAAUUGCCAUGUUUCAUUCACAAUGAUGAGGUUAGGGUCUGUGUCCUUCUGGUCUGGUGGUGGGAGGACUGAGACCCUGGAAUUUCCCUUCCACUGGUCCAGGAGACCUCUGUCACACCUCACCACCAGAUCAGUUUGCUUUGGGUUGUAAAUUUAAUUGUAUAUACGGUUGAUUUAUUAUUUUUAAAAGUACAAACUAACUGAUAAAAUGUUUAUGUAUAAUUUGCACCAAAAAUCAAGGACAGAAUCAAUGUGUUUGUUUUUAUUAGUGUGAACAGUCACAGCUUGUAAAUAACUGUUGUAUGUUUUAAGCCUUUUCCAGCGCCCCAAAGCGAUGUAUUUUUGUACAUAGGAAAUAGAAUUCUCAUAAUUCAUUGGCACAGUUGGUUGGAAUUCAACUUCAUAAAAUUAAUGCAGUCCAGUUAGUGGGGCCUCCCACAUAUCACUCCACUGUGGAUGGCUCGCUCGGAAGAGAACCCAACUGAAAGGAGCCCGGAGCUUCUGGAACUGACCGGGCAGAGGGUUAAGAAUGUACAGCUCAAAACAAGCACCUGACCGGCUACUUGCUGUCAGUGUUUAUUCUCUGUGUUAUAGCCAUCUAGCUCCACAAUUAACGGUGAUGUGGUUUUUUUUCCUUUUCUCUCCCCAUGUCUUACUCAUUUGUAUAAUUGGAGAAGUAUGUAUGUAAAGCAGAUAAUUUUAAGUAAACCUCUCAGAAAUUUGUCUUCCUGAUGUGGUGUUUUAAAAGUAAUAAACUCGGUCAACUUGUUAGGCAAAUUAGUAAUUCAGCAUCGAUUGGUAGUUUAGGGUUUCUAAAAUAAGAUUUUUGUAACAAAUUGAAAAUCACUCUACAAAUCUGCCAAGUCCUGAAGGAAUGGUUGAAAUUACUUUUCUCUGUCAGAAAAGCCUCCCACCCACAUUGUCGGCCUCUGAGCUGAGAGAACAUGGCCCUUCCCUCUGUUUCCAGAGCAGGGGCAUGUGUGUGACCUGGUGAGUGGUUCACCAGUGUGUGCUGCUUCUCUCUGCGUUCUGUUCUGUCAUCACAGAUACACUCAGGAAGGAAGAACGUGGGGAGCAACCCAAAUGGCUUUGGUUUCUGAUCGUGUAAGAACUGAUUAGACUCAAAUAUAUUGUAGGUUUGCUUCUCUCCCUUUUGUAGGGGGACCUAAUUGCCCUAAAGACCUUUUGGAAUCAAAGUUUCUAAGAUACACAAGUGGUGGGUCUACCAUUUUGUUGUUGUUGUUUUUUUAAUUCACCAUAUGUCUAAAAGUCUGUCUAAAUUGGAUUUUAGUUGCAUCUUAAAAUUAGUUCCAUGUGUUUGAGACCAGCUGGUUGUGUUGAAAAGGUUGUAGCUACUGUUAAGUAAUUGUGAAGCCCGAUUUUGAAUGUGUAUCUUAAAAACAAAGAAUGUGCAGCCAGUUUGCAACUAGCUGUGAAAACAUGUAAAUACUAGCAAGAGUUGUGAUUUUUGUGAAUUUCAUGGGAUGUCCUGUGAUUGGAAAAAUUAUAACUCUAUGCUUCUAAAGUGGAAAUUAUAGUAUUUAAUCUGAAAAGGAGUUCUACCUACAGUCCCAUGCCCAGCCUAGCCUAGUGUUUGGGCCGUUCCCUAUGUUCUGGUGGGGGUCUCUGUCCAUGCAUAAGUGUGGCAGAUCCCAUAAAGAGUUAGAAAAUGCUCACAAGGCUUCUAUGCAGUUUUUACUUAGUGGUCCCACUAAGAUUGAGUUACCAAGUGGAAUUAAAGAAGCACUUCAGGUGUGUAUGUAAAAUGAACAAUGGUACUACUUUGUAUAAAGGAACAAACCGUGCUGAUGUAAAUGUUUUAUUUUGACUGUGAUUUUUAAAAUAAAUCCUACCUGAUUUAAAGUUUUUAUUUUUUACAAAAAUGCCCCUUUCUCUGAAUUUAUUUAUCAUAUAAGCCAGGCUCUGGGAGCCAAAAGCAUCAUGCGUACAAUGUGCUGGGAUUCUGUGACUGGAAAAGGUGACGAGUUGGCGACUUUGACACUGCAGGUAUUAAUUCCAUUUUCAUGGUUUACGAUGAAACUCAUUUUCACUGUUCUGAGAAUGGUGAGGGCAACAAAUGCACUGUGGAUGUGUGUAUGGAUUGUGAUAAGAGCUGUAUGAGCCCCCAAUAACAUGAUUUAAAGGAAAACAAAAAUCAUUUUCACAUUACUCUGUAUUACACUGUUAGAUGAAAACCAUUGUAUCAAGACUGUUUAAAUUGUAAGCAUUAAACUUCUGGAAAUACACAUUUUAAGACGAAA